AGCUGAGUAGAGGCCACGAACGAUACAAACCGCGAGAGUAGACAGUUCUCCCCAAACGGGGGAGCAGUGCAUGUGCCGCACACCGCACCGUAUAGGAACGGGAUACAUAUUAUACAGACAGACACGCCAGACAGACAGCGGGACGUCGACGUCGUUGUCGUCGUCGUCGCGAGGGUGGCGCGCGUGCGCUUGCACCCCCUUUCACACGAACGCAGCAUUCAAUUUCACUUUCAUUCGCGACCAGAACUCUCGCGCGCCGCGACGCAUCCUAGUUCACGUUCGCCGCGUGAUUGUCGCCGCGCAAACCUCCUUCUUCUUGUUGACAUACGCGCAUCUUCUCCUACUGUUAUGAACACCGGCCCCACGUGGAAUGUCGUUUAUUCCCGUCGGCCCCUAACCUAGUGCAACACCAUUGUCGAGUGUACUAAAAGACCAUGCAGGCUACGAGAAUCGUGUUUAAAACCCGGGUACCCACCGGUGCUAUAGUUUCUUCAACUUCUUCACCACCAGCCACUGCCGUUAUGAGACCACCACCGCCACCUGGACCGCCCAAAAUCUCUAAGGAAAAUAGACCUGAUAGGGCUCAAGAAGAACCUUCUAGCUCAAUUCCAGAUCUCGAAUUUGAUGGAACCACUGUUUUAUGCCGAGUUUGCGGUGAUAAAGCUUCUGGAUUCCACUACGGAGUACAUUCCUGCGAGGGAUGCAAGGGUUUCUUCAGAAGGAGUAUUCAACAGAAGAUCCAAUACAGGCCGUGUACCAAGAAUCAACAAUGUGCAAUCCUUAGAAUUAAUCGCAAUAGGUGUCAGUAUUGUAGGCUGAAAAAAUGCAUUGCUGUUGGAAUGAGUAGAGAUGCUGUGAGAUUUGGUCGCGUACCCAAACGUGAAAAGGCUAGGAUUUUAGCUGCGAUGCAGCAAAGUUCCAACUCCAGGUCCUUGGAAAAAGCUGUCGCCGCCGAACUCGAAGACGAACAGAGGCUUUUAGCCACAGUCGUCAGGGCGCACGUCGACACUUGUGAUUUCACCAGAGACAAAGUAGAACCUUGGCUGACAAGGGCCAGAGAACAACCUUCAUACACCGCAUGCCCUCCAACCUUGGCUUGCCCGUUAAAUCCAAACCCUCAACCUUUAACCGGCCAACAAGAACUCCUUCAGGACUUCUCCAAACGGUUUUCACCCGCGAUCCGCGGCGUGGUUGAGUUCGCGAAACGUAUCCCGGGCUUCUCUCUACUGGCUCAGGACGAUCAAGUAACAUUGUUAAAAGCGGGAGUGUUUGAGGUGCUCUUAGUCCGUCUCGCGUGCAUGUUCGAUUCGCAAACUGCGAGCAUGAUCUGUUUAAAUGGACAAAUGCUAAAACGGGACUCUAUACACAAUAGUUCGAACGCGCGAUUCCUUAUGGACUCGAUGUUCGAUUUCGCGGAGCGCAUGAACUCUCUCCAGCUAUCUGAUGCUGAAAUCGGUCUCUUCAGUUCCGUGGUGGUGAUCGCCGCCGACCGUCCGGGCCUGCGCAACACAGACCUCAUUGAAAGAAUGCACACCAAAUUGAAAGCGGCCCUUAAAGCAGCAAUCAAUCAGUUCCAUCCCGGCCAACCAGACAUCCUUAACAAACUAAUGAAGAAAAUCCCAGAUCUCCGAACGUUAAACACUUUGCAUUCAGAGAAAUUAUUAGCGUUUAAAAUGACCGAACAACAACAAAUGAUGCAACAACAACAUCAGCCACAUUUAACUCCAAAUUGGGGAUCUCCUUUAGAAGAGGAGAGCAGUAGUAAAAGUCCGGCUGCCCUUUCUUGGUCUUCUUCAUCUGAUGUGACGAUGGACGAAGCAAAAAGUCCAUCCGGCUCAGUUUCGAGUACCGAGUCGAUGUGUUCUGGAGAAAUGGUCAAUUUAAACGAUUAUCAUCAUCAACCUCAACCACCUCAUGUCAGUGCGAAUGUUGCUAAUGCUCCAUUAUUAGCAGCCACAUUAUCCGGUGGUAUCUGCUUGCAUAGGCAUCGUGCAAAUUCUGGGUCGACUUCCUCAUCGGGUGACGAUGAAUUCGCGUCAACAUCGCAUCUCCUUCAUAAUGGAUUGACGAUCACACCCGUAUCUAGGCCUCAACACCCUCGAUUUAGAAAAUUAGAUUCUCCUAGCGAUUCUGGCAUUGAAUCUGGCACGGAAAAGUUAGAUAAACCUAGCGCGCCAACAUCGGUGUGUUCUAGCCCGCGAUCUUCAAUCGAAGAUCACCAUAUCGUCGAAGAUAUGCCUGUAUUGAAAAGGGUGCUGCAGGCACCACCUUUAUACGAUACAAAUUCAUUAAUGGAUGAAGCUUAUAAACCGCAUAAAAAAUUCAGAGCGUUAAGAAACAAAGAUUCGGCUGAAGCCGAGCCCAUCGUGGUGGUUUCACAACAAUCCCCACUUCAUAACCAGCUGGCGUCGACGUCUCAAUCCAGUUUAUCGAGUACGCAUUCGACGCUGGCGAAGAGUUUAAUGGAAGGGCCGAGGAUGACGGCUGAACAGAUGAAGAGGACAGAUAUCAUCCACAACUACAUAAUGAGGGUAGAACCGUCACCUCACGUGUCGGCGUCGCCAACGGCGUGUCCCUACAAAAAUAACAGUUCGUUAUUGCAACCGGCGUGGGCAACAAGCGUUAUAACGACAACUUCCCGUCAACCACAUAUUGUGAGUGCGACGGUUUCGCCACCAUCUCCACCCCAACAACAAGAUUACGCCCGCCUCUACGUACACCCCCAAUCACCCCACUCAACGUCACCGGCGCCGCCACAAGUUCGGUCGCCGGUGUCACCAUCCACAACGUUAUUGGGGGCAGCUCCAAGUCCGAAAAUGGUAGAAUUACAACUUGAUAUCGCGGACCCGCAACAACCUCUCAAUCUGUCCACGAAAUCUCCCAGUCCGUCUCCACGACCAUUGAAGGUUGUCACGUUAGAGGUGUAAAAGAAGCGCGACGUAAUGAAAUGAAUUUUUUGUAUGUAAAAAAAGUACAAAGUGGAGUGAGUGACGGACAUCACGGUGUGCCACUUUCGGUCGCAAGAAAACCAAAUAAUUUAUUACUGUAUAUUAUGGAUGUUGUAUUUCGUGUGUGACCCCUUAGAGUUACUCGUCCCAAAUCUCCCGCCCUCUCCCCCUAGCUGUAUACUUAGCCUAUUACUUCCGCCAUUACCAUACUUCGGGGUGACUCGUAUCUGUACAUAGUGGACCAACCCCGUGUCGCCCUCAAACUACCUAUUUCUUAGUUAAGCAUAAGAACAAUCACUAAUUUAACAUUGUAAAUUGGAUAUUUAUGAUUAUGAACGAAGAGGAAACAAAACAAAAAAAAAUCGAGUUGGUAUCAGCACCAAUCCUAUUCAUACAAUUAUUAUUAUAAUAUAAUUAUUAUUAUUAAACAUUAUUAAUUAAUAUAUUAUAUGUGAUAAUUUUUUUUUCUUUGUAGAGAGAAAAAAAAACGUGUAUAAAGUUUUUCUUUUUGUGUUACGUAUCUCAAUUUUUCGGUUUAUAUCGUCAUAAUUUUGUUUUUUUUUUUUUCAUCAUCGUCCAUUCGCUGCGUGUUGUAUCAUUGAACCAUUCAUCAUUCAAUCAUUAUCAUCAUCAUCAAACAUCGUUUCCUUCAUCCCGUCGUUUUAGGUAGCGGGCCGGAGUUAGGGCGCAGACAGACUGAGAGCUAAUUAUCGCUCGCUUUGCGCGCUGGCGACGGCUCGGCAUCUCUCGAGACGUGACGUUUUUCUGUCCUCUCAAACGGCUCGUACCAAAAACACGUGUAAAGCCGUCACAGAACUAUAAAUAAACUUGCAUAGAAAUUAAUUACGUCAUUUGUCGUUGUAGAAGGGCGUCGGACGACCGAUCUCACGGGCUCGCAUCCGCGUGUAAAAAAAGAAAUUCAAAAAAAAAAUAAAAUAAACCCUAAAGUUAAAAAUCAAGAAACGAAAAUCGGCCUCGUUCUGUCGUCCACGACGUAAUAGUAAUCGUAAAUGUAACAUUCAUCCUGUUAUUUUCCUUUUUUUUCUGUAAGUUGGAGAGCUUGUUGAAGAUGUCAGAAUAAACCAUGUCUGGUGAUAUUAAAA